AUGGCUCAAGCAACAAUUUUUAAUGAAGAACAAAUUGAUCCUCGUGAUAUUGGAACUCCUGACGAUUGGGUUCCAAGACAUCCCGAACUUAUACGAUUAACAGGAAAACAUCCUUUUAACUGCGAAGCCCCUUUACCAUUAUUAUUAAAACAAGGUUUUAUAACACCAACUUCUCUACAUUAUGUUAGAAACCAUGGACCCGUGCCGAAACUCAGUUGGGAUACUCAUAAAAUAAUAAUCGAUGGAGAUGUGCCCAACCCACUUUCUUUAUCAAUGGAUGACAUCGCAAGUCUUCCAUAUCUUGAAUUUCCUGUAACUUUUGCUUGCGCAGGAAAUCGCCGUAAAGAACAAAAUAUGAUUAAACAAACGAUUGGAUUUAAUUGGGGGCCAGCAGGAGUAAGCACAGCAGUAUGGAAAGGUGUAUCAUUACGUUAUAUUUUACAAUUGGCAGGAGUAAAAGUUGUUGAUAAUUAUGAGAAAACUCGUUAUGUUUGUUUUGACGGGGCUGAUGACUUACCAAACGGGGUUUACGGAACAAGUAUAACUUUAAAAUGGGCGAUGGAUGAAGAAAGGGAUGUUAUGUUGGCAUAUGAAAUUAACGGUAAAAGGUUAACUCCUGAUCAUGGAUUUCCAGUUCGUAUGAUCAUUCCCGGAAUUAUCGGAGGUCGUAUGAUUAAAUGGCUUAAUAGGAUCACCUUAACUGAUAAGGAAUCUGAUAGUUGGUAUCAUUUUCAUGAUAAUCGUGUAUUACCUCCAAAUGUGGAUGCUGAACGUGCCAAUAAAGAGAAAUGGUGGUAUAUUCCCAAUUAUAUUAUAUACGAUUUAAACGUUAAUUCGGCAAUCGCUGCUCCAGCACAUGAUGAAAUCAUUCCGUUCUCAAGACUUUCAAAUAAUUCCGAGUAUACUCUUAAAGGUUACGCUUAUACCGGAGGAGGUCGUAAAGUUACACGUGUUGAAAUAACUUUGGAUGAUGGUAAAUUUUGGUUUCUUGCGAAUUUAUAUGAUCCUUUAGAACGUAAUGGUAGAACUUGGUGUUGGACCUUUUGGUCAUUAACGGUCCCUACACAUAGUUUCAUACGUUGUUCGGAAUUUCGUGUUAGAGCGUGGGAUUCGGCUCAUAAUUCACAACCAGAAAAUCCAACUUGGAAUGUAAUGGGAAUGAUGAAUAAUCGUCAAUAUAGAGUAAAGGUUCAUGUUAUAACUUCCGAAAAAGAUGUUUCUUUGAAAUUUGAACAUCCAAUUGAACCUGGUAAUAUUCCCGGUGGAUGGAUGGCAGGACAACAACCUGCUAUUUCUGCGCCUGCACCUAAGCCUGCACCAAAAAAUGAAAGUUCUUCCAAAGUUACAACGUUUACGAUGGAACAAGUAGGAAAACAUAAACAUGAGAAUGAUUGUUGGAUUGUCAUAAAUAAUAAAGUUUAUGAUUGCACGAAAUUUAUUCCAAUUCAUCCUGGUGGUAUCACUGCUAUUCGAAUCAAUGCUGGUACUGAUUGUUCUGACGAAUUUAAUGCAAUUCAUUCAGAAAAGGCGAGAGGCUUAUUGGACGAAUUUUAUAUUGGAGAUUUAGAUGAUCCAAAGAAAUCAAAGCUUUAA